CAGAGCUGGUUUUGGGUUCAGCUCUGCCCCCCCGUGGGCAAAGCAACCACCGCACGGGACCGCGUCUGCCUCCGACCCGAGGUUAAUCAUUGACCUUGCCUCCCCGGUCUCCCGGGAGUAGGCAGGCGGGUGGGUGGGUGCUGAAGAAAGCGGACGACCUACUCCGCCGCGCCGAGGCAUGCUGCCGCUCAGCCGCCGUCACAUCACACCAUGGGCGACCGGGACCACGCCGCGCGCGAGCGGGCUUUGUGCGCAGAGGGCGACAUCGCCGUCGUGUUUCACCGAGUGGACACUAACAGCGACGACGAGGACGGCGACGGCGGCGACGAGGAGGAGAGUGCCGGGGAUGGACGGACGGAGGCGAGGAUCCAGCUGCAGAGCAACAACGUCCGCGCGUCGUGCGCCUACGACGACGACGACGCCGGAAGAGGAGGAAGAGGAGGCGGCGGGAGACACGCGCUGUGCCCGCCGGCGUGGUGCGUCGCGACGCGCGAGGAGAAAGCCGCGGGCGAAGAUGCAGAGAAACCAAAACCGUGUCCGGGUCUCGGCCUGUUCUACGCUUUGCUGUCCACGGUUUUCUUCUCCGUCAUUGCAGUCCUGGUGAAAAGUAUCCAGGGUGUCCACGCCAUAGAGAUCAGCGCCAUACGCUGCUUCUUCCAGAUGCUCUUCACUUUGCCGUUACUCAUCUACCACAAGACGGGCUUCCUCGGUCCCCGAGACAAACGUGUUUAUCUGGUGCUUCGGGGAUUGAUCGGUUCCAAUGCCAUGAUCCUGCUCUUCUAUGCGGUCCAGCAGAUGCCGCUGGCGGACGCCACAGUCAUUAUGUUCAGUAAUCCAGUCUUUACCUCCCUCCUGGCCUGGAUCUUCCUGAAGGAGAGGUGUACAAUCUGGGACUGUGUCUUCACCGUGUUCACCAUCAGUGGAGUCCUCCUCAUCGCCCGGCCACCGUUCCUCUUUGGCGAGCAGCUACGCGGCAUCGAGGGAAACUACGGAAACCACCUCAAGGGGACGAUCGCUGCAUUUGCAGGAGCGAUCGGGGCCGCUUUUACAUUUGUCGUCCUGCGCAAGAUGGGGAAGAGCGUCCACUACUACCUCUCUGUCUGGUACUACGCCGUCAUCGGCUUCGUCGAGUGCGUCAUCGCGGUGUCCGUCCUCGGGGAGUGGAAGAUCCCGUACUGCGGCCGCGACCGCUGGCUGCUGAUGCUGAUCGCCGUCCUCGGCAUCGCCGGCCAGACCUUCCUCACCAAGGCCCUGCAGAUCGAGAAGGCGGGGCCCGUGGCCCUGAUGAGGACGCUCGACGUGGUGCUGGCGUUCAUCUUCCAAUUUAUUUUCUUCAACCGCGCGCCGACCAUGUGGAGCCUGGGGGGGGCGCUGUGCGUCGUGCUCAGCACGAGUGGAGUAGCGCUACAGAAGUGGUACAGCAACUCUCGCAAGACCUGAGAAGGAGGACUUGGUGUCAGUAUUUGUACUUUUUUCCUGAUUGUGUGUUCAGCAUUUGACUGGUUUUCCUACAUGGAUAGCCUACGGAGAGGCUUGAACUCCAUGAGAGUAAUGAGGCUGUUUCUGAAGGAUGUACGCAGUCCCAUAUUUAAGUCUAGUUUAGUCCUGAAUUAAAUAGCCAAAGUGAGAGGUUUACUGCAUUAGGACGGUUUUUACUGCGUUACAUUAAUUAGCAACAAUGGUAUCCUCAGAAAGAAAGAAGGAACACAUACGUAUAGAUAUUUCAUUGUAUUGUGGCACGCACCAGGCACUUUUGAGUGACUUAUCUGCAAACGAUGCGAGCAAUAAAACUUAAAAAUAUAAGGCAAACCAAAAAGCAACAUUAGCACUUAAAUACACAGUUUUGUUUAACAAAACUUGUUGAUUAUAAAGACAGAAAAAGAUUAAACUAAUUAAACUAAUAAAAAAGUAUUUUACUUGAAAGCAGCAGUGCGAUUCACUCAGGGAUCCCUCGUCUUUCUGCUUAAAAUGCCCACAUGGGAACCACACCAAGUCUUUUGUGAUUUCAUUCUUAUUCGGCCUCCUUUUACAUAACAAGAUAAUACGCUAAUAUCCAUUAUCUUACGAUGCAUAUUUAUCCUCGAAGUGCCUUCAGCGGGGAACUUUAACCUGCCGCUCCUCUUGGGGGAGCCGCUCCGUCACCAGCAACUUCUUCUGGGCAGCUCUCACGUGCUAUUGUGCAUAUCUCUGAAUAUGAAUUAGGAUGCUUCUGAAAAAUCUAACAGCGUUUUUUUUAAUGAGCCAACUAAUGCUUGACUGUCUUCUCUACCCGGGCGGCCCCACUGGUUUCUUCAUUAUCUCAGGAGGAGUGAACUCUUUAUCAAGUCGGGUAGCUCUUAAUGUUAUUUUAAAGACUCCUAAUUAGUGUCCUCAGGUGUCUAAAAAAAUAUUUUCCAUGAGGCUAAAAGUGGCUUUUUGUGGCUAGAGGGUAAAAAAGUUUUCAGUUACCCACUAAAUAAUACUGUAGUGUUUAUUUGGCUGAAUUACAGCUAGAAGAGGAAGGUAAAUGUCCUGCUAGCCUGCUAUUUAUGGUCCUACACUUUAUUCCUUUCACACCUGCUGUUUCUGUUCUCUUGAGUCUUGUAUUUAUGGUUUCGUUUCUCCUUCUAAUUCUUUUCUUUACUGAGGUUUCCAAGAUGGAUAUUUACAUUUACAAUUAGCGUUCCAAUGCUGGACAAAGCACUUUCCAAGCGCUUAUUUGCUGUGGUCGUGAUGGCGGAGAGAUGUAUCAGUUCAUUCAAUUCUGAUGCUACUUAGUAGUUUUAACUAGUUGAAUAUAGUUCAAUGCAUCAUUUGGAUAUGAUGAACAGUGCCGUGUGUGAAAAUGAUGCAAUCGAAUGUGUCCCCAGUAUUCUGCUUUGGUUUGGAGGAAAAGGUUUGAAGACACUGUGACUUCUUUUCUAAAUACAUGUUUGUCGUACAGAAGACUUAAUGUUCCCCUAAGAUGUUGCAACACUACUUUUUAGUCUUUAAAGUUUUGAUCACAACAUCAAUUUAACUUACUUGAAUGCUAGUAGCUUAAGCACAAUGUGUUGUUUUUCCAUCAAAUGGUUAACAAUCCAAAAUAUUUCAGGAGCUAUUAGCCUUACAAGUCUGAUUUUGGAUUUUUGAACUAUGCUUUAGCGGAAUUUAAUUAACCGUUUCUAUAAUUUAUUACAUCAAAAUAAUCUAAAAGAUGUAUAUAUAUUUAUGAUUUGAUAAUAAAGUAA